AUGAAUGUAAUUAAAAAGGACUCUUUUUUUGACGACCCAGAUGCAACUGGGUUUUGGAAUCUUACAGACUUUCCAUUAAAAGAUGCCCCUUUGAAUAUGAACGAUACUAUGUAUUUGGAAAAGGAUUCUGAAUUGUACAAAGUUGGUCUGGGGAUGUCUAAUAACUAUCUCCUGUAUUUCAAAAAACAGGUAAAUUCAUUCAAUAACCAAUAGAACGUGACGUAAUGGGUCAAUGUAGACAAUGCUACGAUUGAAUAUGCUAAACAUUAGAAGCCAGGACCUGGAAUUAGAAUUACAAAAAACAAAUACACUUUUGAGUUCUUCGGAGAUGUUGAACCAUGGUACAAUUACCUGAAAUAAUUUUGCAUUCAACGCAAUUUUUCUCAUCAUUACACAUUACAGAAGAAGAUAGGGGCAGGGAAUUUUGCUGAUGUACGUUCUUUCAUAAUAUCUAGGUUUUCAAAGCUAGUAAUAAGAAUGAUGGGUCUGAAUAUGCAAUUAAGUGCUUUAGGAAGGCAAAGCUGAAUGAAAGCGUUGAUAGAUUGGCGAUAAUUAAGGAAAUAUCUAUUAUGAAAAAAAUACAGCAUGAAUCCGUGAUUCGAAUAUAUGAGGUGUUUGAAGGAGAUGAAUAUUUGUUUUUAGUGUUGGAAUAUUUGAAAGGAGGCGAGUUACAUUAAUAUAUGAAAAAAUCCCCUCCAUUUUCUGAAGAAAAAUGUUCUAAAUUAAUUUUUAGAUUAUUGAAAGCAGUUUCUUCCAUACAUUAAAAAGGAAUUUUACAUAGAGACAUCAAACCAGAGAACAUCAUGCUGAGAAAUAAAGAUGAUCUUGAAAAUAUUUGUAUAGGGGACUUUGGGUUGGCUGAUUACUAUUCACCAAAUGGAUAAUAUUUAUUUACUCGAUGUGGAACACCUGGCUAUGUGGCUCCAGAAUUAUUGUAGGAUAAACUCUAUGAUUUCAAGAUUGAUGUUUAUAGUGUGGGAAUUCUAAUGUUUAUUUUGAUUGCCGGCAAAUCGCCAUUUGAUGGGAAGGAUUACGAUGAUGUGGUCAUGCGAAAUUAUUAUGCCAAAGUCAGGUUUGAAGAUUGCAAAUUAAGUGAGUUAGGGAUGGACUUACUUUAAGGACUUAUGAACAAAAAUCCUAUUAAGAGAUUAACUGCUGAAGAGGCUUUGAAUCAUCCAUGGUUUGCUACUGAAAACCUAACAAAAACGUGUCAAUUCAAAAUAAGAAAAUAACAUCAAACUUCAUUAAAGAAGUUAGCUUAUUUCGACACGAAUGUUAAAUAGAAUUCUGCCAUUUCAACGUAAUUCAGUCCGAAAAGUUCGCUAUCCAGUCUCAGUCCCUAUUGUGUUACCAAAAACAAUAUUGAUGAUAGUCCUUAGACUCCAAAUACGCCUGCCACACUCAAGCCCAUCAAUACUGCGAGAACCUAAGCUGGCUAUAAAUUAAGAUAGUUUCGAAAAUCUUAUAUUCCUCUAAAAUAAUUAUGA